AUGUGGAAAACAAAUUUCAUAUCAGACCUAACACCGCCUUCCCUCGAACGAGCAUGGCAAUCAGCCCCUCAUCCUUCUUUGCCUCUAGUCGCAACCAGCAGCGCCGACAAGACCGUUCGCAUCUACUCGCUCGUCAAUUAUAAGUUACUUUCUGUUAUUUCGGGCGGUCAUAAACGGAGUGUGAGGAGUUCAGCCUGGAAACCUACCGCGUCUGCUGGGGCGACGAAAGGGGAGAGUGUGUUGGCGACGGGCAGCUUUGAUGCGACGGUGGGGAUUUGGAGGAGGUGGGAUGAUUACAACAAUAAUGAAAACCAUGAACAUGCGCACGAUCACGAUCACGACCACGACCACGAUCAUGACCAUGAUGAAGGAAAGGAGGAUGAGGAGGAGUGGCGCUUCGCAGUCCUCCUCGACGGCCACGACAGCGAAGUAAAGUCUCUCUCUUGGUCCGCCUCUGGUUCAUUGCUCGCAACCUGCAGCCGCGACAAAUCAAUCUGGAUAUGGGAAGAUCUCGACGACGGCGAUAAUAACUUUGAGACUGUUGCGGUCCUACAAGAGCAUUCCGCUGACGUGAAAUGUGUAGCAUGGCAUCCGACAGAAGAAUGUCUUGCGUCAGGAAGUUAUGAUGACACAAUCCGGAUCUGGAGGGAGGAUAUCGAUGAUUGGGGCCAAGUAGCGUGUUUGAAGGGUCAUACCGGCACGGUUUGGAGCCUGGAUUGGGAGGGUGUUGACUGCUCCCCUUUCCACCCUGUAACAGUACCGGCCGAUGACUCGGCGAAAAUAAAGCAGGAGUAUAAAGACCAUUUCGCCCUUUCAGGACCCAGAAUAGCGUCCUGCUCAGCAGACCAAACAGUCCGCAUAUGGCGUCGACAGUCCAAACCCCAGACCGAGCGCAGCGCCUUCUCGGCUUCGAAUACCGGUAUACCGAGUAUCAUUCGUCCCACGGGACUAGACGAGACAUGGUGCCAAGAUGCGAUCCUGCCGGCUGCGCAUGAUUUGGCCAUUUAUGCUGUUGCGUGGAGCAGACGAAGUGGUCUUGUAGCGUCUACGGGUGCUGAUGGACGGAUUGUUGUUUACGCUGAGUUUUUCGUACCCUCUUCCCCCUCCUCCGAGACGGAGGCGAAAGAAGGGGAUGAGAUGGAUACUUCCGAAGACACAAAAUUCAAGACAGAGUGGAAAAUAGUUGCCACUAUCGAAGCGGCGCAUGGCAUUUAUGAAGUCAAUCACAUCGCGUGGGCGAAGCGGGGCGAUAGACGUGGAAGUCAGGCGGAUGAAGAGAUAUUGAUAAGUACGGGAGAUGAUGGGAGUGUCAAGGUUUGGUCGAUAGAGAGGGAGUAA